UGCGCGUGUACGGCUGAUCGUGUGCUCACGACUAGGUCGAUAUUGGCCCAGAUUGUCUCCGGAUGUUGAGCUAUUGAGAUAUGUUCUGUCUCCGGACAUAAGUUUACUUCCACUAGACACUGGUCCACCGAGGGAAUGCUAAAUUACAUGUUGUUGCUAUUUUUUUCAAUGAAUACACAGUUUCUUAUUAGCGCAGAGAUGGAUGAAAGAGAUAUAAAUGAACAAAAACUGCACGAAGAUCUAUUUCAUAAAAACAGUUACAACAGUUUGAUCCGACCAGUUGUCAACACCAGCAGUAGCCUAGAGAUCAAUUUUAGUUUGGUCCUCAGUGCUAUCAUCAACGUAGAUGAGAAGAAUCAAGUCAUCAUUACCAAUGUCUGGUUACAAAUGGAUUGGAUCGACUACCAGCUCGCAUGGGAUCCAUCAAAAUAUGGAAAUAUCUCCAAAAUCAAAGUAGAUAAUAAAUUUGUUUGGGUUCCUGACGUGGUUCUGUUUAAUAAUGCUGAUGGAAAGUUUGAACCUUCCUACACACCAAACUGUGUGAUUGACAAUAGUGGAAGUGUCCAGUUCAUCCCUCCAGCAAUCUACACCAGCUCGUGCUCAAUUGAUGUGGAAUAUUUUCCUUUCGAUCAACAAGAAUGUGAAAUGAAGUUUGGCUCCUGGACUUUUGAAGGCAAGACUUUAAACUAUAGUUUCUCAAGAGGCAAUGACAGAAUGGAUCUCUCAGAUUAUAUGAAGAACGGAGCUUGGGAUAUCAUAGAUGUUCCGGGUCACAAGUCUACAAUAGGGGACUCUAUUACAGGGGAGCCUAAAUCCAUCAUUGUUUUUAAAUUGGUGAUUCGAAGAAAGACUUUAUUCUACACAGUCAAUUUGAUCAUCCCGUGCUUCCUUCAUGCUCUGGUCUGUCUCUGUGUCUUUGUACUUCCCGCUCACGGCUCGGAGAAGAUAACUCUAGUCAUCUCAGUUCUUGUCUCCCUUGUGGUAUUCUUGUUGCUGUUACAAAAGAUCUUACCUCCCUCAAUGACUAUUCCUUUGAUUGCCAAAUAUUUUAUUUUUACAUUCAUCAUGAAUGUUCUGGAAAUUAUUAUGACAGUGAUCAUAAUCUUCGCUAGUCACAGGAGUCCAAGGACCGCCAUUAUGCCCAAAUGGAUUUGUUGGAUAUUUUUAUACAAACUUGUAUUUGCUAUGUCCAGACUGCCGAAAUAUUUGUUUAUGGAGCGACCAGAACAUGACAAAAAAUGGCAAAAGAAGAACUGUUCACCUCCACCGUCUUAUCCAAAUACUCCUCAGGUCCCGAGGGCAAAUUUAUUUGUUCGUCAGCCAGUUCCUGAGAAUCAACAGAGAAGACAAAAACCAAAGACUACAGCAACAACAAGCUCAGAUCUCAGAGAAAAUGAAAGAGUCAAUGAAAGAGUCAAUGCCUGGAGACAGAAAUUCAAAAAGAGCCAUUCGCCUGGCGUCACACUCUCAUCGUCAGCGUCAGGGAGUCAUUUUUCUUCUGAUGAAAGUCCAACAAUCGAAAUGCGUGAAUUUGCUCCACCUAAUCUUCCAACUAAUGGGCAUCGAUGCAUUUUGAGAGAUCCGGGAACUAGCCAAUCAGAAGAGAGUUUGUGUCAAGCAAAACCUUCAGAAAUAUCCAAAUUAAUGGCCUUCUCUGAUCCAAAUUUAAGUCCUAUAGAUUUAACUCGAGAACUUUACAGUGCCAGUAACGCCAUCAAAUUUAUUUGUCGGCAGAUGAAAAACAACGAAGAUUACAACACGGUUCUAGACGACUGGAAGUAUCUUGCAGCUGUACUAGAUCGACUCAUGAUGAUUAUCUUCAUUCUGGUCUCACUGGGAGGUACCUUGGGCGUUCUCAUUAAUGCCCCACAUAUCUUAGAGACUGUAGAUCAGGAUAAGAUUAUUGCCGAUAUUAUCAAAGCACGCAAUUAAACAGUUCACCUGUUGACUUUGUUAGAUCUUAGAUUCAAACACAAGUGUAUGAGAGAUGUAUUGAUGGAAUAUUAUUUUCUUGAAGAGCCCACCGUUCAGGGAUGAGUCAUUCAGUACAGAGCAAAUGUUUUCCAAUGUUUGUAGUUGAAGUACUCGAAUCAAAAGUGAAACUGAAGGCUUGUGUUGGACAGAAGGAAAAUCUAGACACUGUUGAUUUGUACAUUUGUGUUUCUCUUCCAUUGAAUUCUUCCUUAUUUUCUUUUUGUAAUUUAUACUGAACGAAUACAUUCUAGUAAACUCUCAAUGCCAUAUUAUAUGAAAUGUCAUACUUUAUCGAAAAUUUGACAGGUUUUUUUUGUCUUUUUUUUUUCUCCUUCCUUGUCAGUGUUCUAUUUGAGCAUUGUCCACCAUUAUUGUCAAUAUAGUGACUUGGCAGAAUUUAAGUCAUUGGUUAAUAUGCAUGACUAAAUGCAUGAUGCGUAGGACGUUAUCAUCUUCUUUUUUGAAGUAACGUUUGUAUUAUAUAAGAUAAGAUGUAGUCAACUUUUAGAGAAUUACUAUUCGUUGAAUUUAGACCUACAAAUUUUUUUGGCCAAAUGUUGCUUCAAAAAACAUUUUUUUGUUUAAAUGUUUGUUCUUUCUUAUGAAAUAUGAAAUGUUUUUUAAGUACUAUAUUAUUUUAAUUUUGUUAUAGUCAGGGUUUAUCUCUAUUUUUAAAGUCCUCUCUCUUGAAGUGUUUCAAGUGUGUGUGUGUAUGAGAUUAUACAAUUGUCUCCCUUUGUCACUAUUUACGUGAAACAUUAACAUUGAAACUUUGAAUGUAUUUAUUUAAGAGGAAGUAGACUAAACACAAAAGAGAUGUAUUCUGGUUUGAAACUAAAUCAUUGGAAACUUUUGUAGAUUCAUUAUAGGCUUCCAUUAUUUUAACUGUGUGAAAGUAUUUUAAAAAAAGAAAACAUUUUACUUUUGGUUCUUCCUAAAAUUUGUUUCAUGUCUGAGCCCCUCGCUCCUUUAAGAAUCGUUGUGUAUACAUACGGGCUCCUUUCAGUUUCUUGUGUUGUUUGCUUCUUUACAUGGAAGUCAUUUCUGGGAUCUUGUACUUAGAGUGUUCAACUUUCUGUGGCUCUUGUUGAAUUGAAGGGAAUGAACUCUACCUGGAGAAAUGUUCAAUGAGUAUAUUCUCUUAAAGUAUGGAGAUAGUUGGAUCAUCACGAUCAUUCUAUAGAUCACAUUGAGAUUGAUAAUGAAACUGAGAUUGAACUUGAGAACGAAAUUGAAAUUGAGAAUGUAAUUGAGAAUGAAAUAGAAACUGUGAAUGAAACUGAGAAUGAAAUUAAGAAUGAAACCGAGAAUUCAAUUGAGAAUGAAAUUGAAACUGAGAAUGAAACCGAGAAUGUAACUGAGAAUGAAAUUGAAACUGAGAAUGAAACCGAGAAUGUAACUAAGAAUGAAAUUGAAACUGAGAAUGGCAUUGAGAUUGAGUCUGAAAGUGCAGAAAGCAGUAUUGUUGAGGGGGAAGGGAGAUUUACAAGAGUGUAUAAAUAUGAUAUUUUUAUUUAUUUUGUUUUAAUUUGAAAUAUUAUGAUGAUCUAUUUAUUGAUCAAAUGUUAAACUUCGGAGUAACACUGUGUGUGUCUGUGUGUCUGAACUAAACUCCUCAUGAAUACGUUGAAGUCAGAAACUUGAGACAGAAACAAAAAAAACCCCUCAGAACUAAGAACAAGGAAACCCUAGCAAGCAAAGACUUGACAAAUAGAAUGCCGAGUCUAUGUCCAUUUCUAUAAAUGGUCACAGCCUAAUUUAUUUUUUUUAUACCUAUAGCUUAACGAGAGUUUUUUGUCCAAAUAUUAUGACCAAAGUCACGUGAUAUACAAAUGUGUCUAGAACAACGUUCUUUAAAAAAUAUCCCAACUUUCAAUGGACUUUGAAGAAGUAAUGACUACACACCACCACGUAAUGACUACACACCACCACGUAGUGACUACACACCACUACGUAAUAACUACACACCACCACGUAAAAACUACACACCUCCACGUAAUAACUUCACACCACCACGUAGUGACUACACUCCACCACGUAAUGACUACACACCACCACGUAGUGACUACACAUUACACACAUCCCCACGUAAUGACUACAUACCACCACGUAAUAACUACACACCACCACGUAGUGACUACACACCACCACGUAAUAACUACACUCCACCACGUAAUGACUACACACCACCACGUAGUGACUACACAUCACCACGUAGUGACUACACACCCACCACAUAGUGACUACACACCACCACGUAAUGACUACACACCACCACGUAAUGUUUGUCUACACACCACCACGUAAUGUUUGUCUACACACCAGACUUAACAAAUCUUUGUUUAAUUUAUAAACUAAACAACGUUGUAUUUGGUUCACCUUGUAUAGCAAUCAAUUCACGGCAUGGACAUUUAAUUCUCUAUUUUUAAAAAAACUAUGUUUACUUACAUUUGAUAUGUUGAUAUUUGUGUGCAAUAGUUUAUUAAUGGGUGCAAUGUUUUACACCUUUUUUUAAACAUAUUUGAUACAGUAGUGCAAUAUAGGUCAAUAUGUGAACGAGAUUAAUUUAUUUGUGUAAGAAUAUAAAUAUGAAAUAUAUUUGAUUUGUGGUUGUAUAUAUUGAAUCUGUACACUAAGCUAGUGAGCAUUACAAAACUGAAAUUAUUUUUCAUGAAAAUAUUCAGCAAUGUUGCAGUUUUAUAUUAAAAACUCUAUUUAAUAAUUUUA